AAGUCAUUGAGAUCGGGACGAGGCAGGUAUUGCCAGACCCGUCUUACCGGUUUUACGACACAAAACGAUCGAACGAACGUCUUUUUACUUGAAAAGAUAAACGAACAAAGUAUAGUAUAGUUUUGAAAGUAUUAAAGAGUGUAAGGAUUUACAAGAUACUGGGCUCCUUUAAUAUUAUUUACUGCGUAAAGGCACUUCAUUCUUAUUAAACAUCGAUACGUAGUUGUUUUUAAUAGAUAGGUAUAAAGUCUCUGGUGUGUGAUGAACGUUCACUUCUGCCUGGAUUUGGAUUGAAAAUCUUACUGUAUCGCCAAUGCAGCAACGAUGCAAAACACCAGAGAGUCAAGCAGACAAAAGCGCAGCAUUAAAAGAAGAAAUUCAAGGAAGAAAUCCUUAUCCCCGUCUGAUCUGAAAUGUGUGCGCGGCGAAACAAAAGCGGAGAACAAACUGGGUCGACGAUCGCUAUCCGAAGGCUCGAUGAAAGUGAAGCACAGGAAGAGCAAUAUACAGAGAACUUUAACGCAUCCGAUAUCGUGUGCAGAUCUCGAGGUAGUGCCAAUCGAUGAGUUUAGUGCCAUAAAAGUUGAUCCGGUGCCUCCAGAGAGUGAUGAAUCUCAGGUGCCCCCGACUAGUAGUGAUAGGGAUACAGAGGACGAUGGUCGUGUGCAGAGCAAGCCGGCUCCGCUUAGGCCGCGCUGGGAUUCCGGCAGCGAAAUGGACUCGCUGGUCUCCAUAGCUGUGAGAAAAGCUUCGGCACGACGACGCCGAACGCCCGCCAACCCAGAUUGGGGCGUCAAUACUGAGCCUGGCGAAGUAAGCGAACCGGAAGCCGGUCGCAUGCGUCCCGAGGAUUACCGCCUCGUGUUCCUCAGCUCGGAUUCGUCGUGCCGUGAGGACACGGAAGACUCCGCUUCUACAGCAUCCUCCGCCGCGCCUCCUGUUCCUGACGACUGUGACUGGGACUACUUCGAGCCAGGCGCGGCGGCGGUGCAACCACAACCACCGCCACCGCAACCACUCCCAAAGCAUACACCACAGGACUGUCAAAGAGCGUGUUCGUGCGGCGCUGAGCCACGCUUUGUCGCCGUCCCCGUCCCAGUACCUGUACCUGUACCUGCCGCCCUUUGGCCCGCGUUACUCGCAUUUCCACCGCAAAACCCACCCACGCCUCAUUGGAAUACAUACCCGGGGUUUUCAUCGCUAGAUGCCGCCGCCUUCGCCCGUCUCACAACGGCGGCCGCCGUGGCAGUUACCGCUGCCGCUACAGCUAACUCUCUACCACGAAAUAGAUUGGAGAUGACCGUCGAAAGGACCGAUAAAGCUAUACAAUCCGAGUUGCAAGUACCUGCGCCUAGUGAUAACGAUAAGAGCGAUAACAAUAUCGAACACGCAGUCCAACAUGAAACGUCAAACGAUAUCAAAGUGAUUGCGGGAGACGAUUCUUUAUUAGUUUUGUCAGAAGUGGCGGAUACCAUGCCUGAUCAUCUAGAAUCAGAAAAGGCCUUCCCCUCGUCGUCAUCGUCGGCUAGUUCGAGCGAUUCGGAAAGAGGGGUUGCUCAAAGAAGCUAUGAUUUGCACAGUGCUGCCCCUGAGGAGCCCCCGACGUCUGACGAAGACUCGGAUGACUCUGGAGGUGGUGGAGGACAGUUUUCCCGUGUAUUCGUUGUGAACCCAGCAGACUCCUCCUCUGAAAACGACGAAAACGCUGACAGCAGCGGCAUUGACUGUGAUGACUCUUAUGAUAAAAAAUCGGACAGCCUUGAAAUAGCAGCCAUGGAAGUAGCAAUGCAAAAUGAUAUUAACAUGAAUAGAAAUGAGUGCGCCGAGGAAGCUCCCUCUAAUAACAAUGUUGUUGUCCUUCAAUCCGUCAACUUUACGGAGGAGUAUUCCGUGUUCCCAUUACAAAGAAAUAAUGAAAGUGAAAGUCGACAUAUUUCCCAAUUUCAUGACGAAAAUAUGCUGUUAAGUGAAACAAAUGAGCGAUAUAAUAGUUUCAGUGCAACGUGUAGUGAUAAGGAUCAAAACAAUUACGAUUCCUUAAACAAUAUACAAAGCGCGCAAAACCGAGACUCCCCCGAUAUAAUAGAGUGUGAUUCUUUGGAUAAUUCUUUUAACUCGGAUUGCAAUAUAAAAGUUUCUGUUGAUUUACCCGCCGAUUUAUAUAGUAAUACAGAAAAUAUUUCAAAAACUUCAUCAAAUAUUAAUCCGAUACAGGCACCGUCUCCGGAACCUACAUAUGAAGUGGCAAAUAAAUCAGCAUUACCGCCGAUACAAAAAAUUGACUUGUUUAAAGGUAUUGAACGCACGCUUAGUGAGUUAUUGAAGAAAGAAUUAAUGGACGACAACAGCGAGGAGAAAAUGCACGAUUCGCGGCCGGUUUGCGCUGAGACGGAGAGGGGCGCGGGCACACCUGUGGAGAAUACAGUUUGCCGCUCGCGCACGGCCGGUGCGGACGGGUCCGCGCGUUUCACUAGCCGCGUUAUGAUAACGCACGAUCGUGUCUCCGUAGUCACGUCAGACACGACGCGGCUCAUGCAUGACAUCACAGUGCAUCACACCAACUUGGACAACGAACCGGAACCAAACGCAAGCGUACAACAAAACGACAUAAACGAACGACUAUCCGACAACGAAUCGGUGCAACCUUCAGCUGGAGUGACUGUUGUUAGUAAUGCCGACACUCUCUCUGCGGUCGUGUGUCUCGAGGAGGGGCUCGCUGAUGACGACUCGUGGGUUGAGGACGUCAGUCACGAUGAUGACGAGGCCACUUCACAGUCGGAUUCAGAUUCCGAGGAUGAAACCAACUUGCCUACCCGGGGAGAAGACUUCGCAUACUGUAGGCGUUCCUUAGAUUUUACAUUGCAUACUAUAGUGGAAGAGAGCUGUGAAGAAAGCGAAACGGAACCCACAACUAAAAAACCGCGGCCCCUAUCGGCUACGGAACUCGAAAAAUAUUUUUUCUUUGGCUUGGGGGAUGGAAAAAAUAUUCGCGAUGAGGAUGAACAAAUAUCCGAUACGUCUAGUGUAUGUAGUGAAGGUGGUGAGUCGAUAGUUGACAAUGAGGAACCAAAAAAAAGUGGUGACAGUGAGGAACUUGUGACGUCGAGGCUAGAAAAAUAUUUCCUUUCUGGUUUUAUGGGUUUUAACCAGGAGCGAAGGGAUUCCGAUGGAUCAGGCAGUGUAGGCAGUGAUAGUGAGGGUAAACAGAGCCCUGAGCAAAGACGAAAACGGCUAGUGCGCGCUCGAGGCACCCCAAGGUCACAUUCCUCAUCAUUGGACAAUUUAUUAACCGGCGAUGAGCCUUCACAAGAAAAUCAAGAAGUAUCUGACGGGUCGAGUACGGAGACUGAGGACCGCCAUGAGUCACUCGAACGAUUAGAUUUAACGGGUGAAAACAAACGUAAAAAACAAAACAAAAAGCGUGGUUCACCCGCGGAUGAAAGGCGGCAAUCCGUUGAAUUCCCGGAGGAAACCCGCGAUGAUACAAGGUCGGUAUCUGAAGGUGAAGAUGGGAGAUCUACACCUCGACCUGAAUUCCCACCGCUUGGAUCUGAACUCUCUGAAUCUAAGAAACAAACUAGUCGUGAUAGUGGUUUUGUAGGAAGCUGCGACGAUUUAUUGCGUAGCGGCGAUUCUAGCUCUGACUUUGCGAGAUCUCAUGAACCCAAAACAGAAUUAGAAGAAAUUAUUGAGGAGGUAAGGCCAGACAUCGAUGAGCGCUUAGAGAGAGCCCCCACGUCCAGACCCCCACCUAGCCCGCUUUCACGCAAAGAUAGCUUUAAUAACUGGUCGUCGGAUGAAGAAACUAAUCUUAUGAUGACGAAAAUGCGACAAUUUUUCAAACAAAUGAUAAAUUCAACUAAUGUGCGUACAUCGACACCCGCCUCAUCAAACUCGGAAAGCUCAAAACCACCAAAACCUCCACAACUAUUAUAUUUCGAAAGUGAACUAACGAGGUUAAUGAAAACCGUACCAGGAAUACGAGACGAAGAAGUGCGCGAAAUCGUUGAAUAUUUAUCGAGCGAGGACACGUGGAGUGAUUCAUAUGAUUCCUCAGAUUACGCGGGCUCCGACUUAGAGGGUACCGCAAAUAGAUCCGCCUUGAGGAAACAAAUUUCAGAGAGUUGUCGCGAAAUAAUCGACGAAUUCGACAAAGGUAAUAGUGAAGCGGGUUCCCUAGAACGGGACGCCGUUGGUGCAUAUCAAAGAUUAGCAGCCACUUUGGGACGGGCGGGCGACGGUUCACCGCCGUUAUUUGGGAAGGUCAUGAGGCACAUAGGAGGGCGGUUGGUUGCCCUCAUGCACGAAGUUUCAGCCGGGGCGUCGGCUAGCACGGAUGAGGACAGUGCAUCCGAGCCAGGAGCGUUAGCGCGCAGCAAAUCUCACGAUAUUUUGGAAGCGACAGCGAGCAGGGGAAGUGUCGCAAGUGACAGUGAACGGUUCUCGUGGCGUGGUAGUUUUGAAUCGGCUUUAUUGGCUGCUGAUUCGAGGGGAACACUGGGCGGUGGCGGCGAGACACGGAGGUCCCCCGCGGGAGCGGACCUGGCCGCUCUAAAGUCACACUCAAGAAGCUGUGGAGCCAUCAGCGGCAGUGAAGAUAGGCUGUGGCGUGGGAGACGACGUGCAUCUGCACCAGACGCUGAGUCGGAAGAAGAGCAACGCGCCGGCUCAUUGCCCCGGUUGCCGUCCAUCAACGGUACGCCAGCACCCGUGGGGCCGGUGAAGUCCGCUCGGUACCGCGCCCCCGGCUUCAGGACAGCUACUCGAGCGGCGUCAGCGCCUGGUCUUCAUGCGCCAAGGAGAAGACGACCGCCGCCCACACCGCAGCAACCGCCGCCCUCUGCGCCCGCGUCGGCGCCUAGCUUACAAGAUGAAGUCUACAUGUCCGAUGCGUUAUCCCCGGGACACGCCACCUUGCCCCGACGAUCGAGUUCACCUUUACCCCAUGAUGCAGACAGAGACAGGUUUUCACUCAACAGAAGUGGAUUGCAGGCACGUUCCGAGUCUAUGGCAUCAGUGUACAGCGGAGCCGGGGAGGGAAUGCGAGGGAGUGUCACGGUGAGAGGGGAGGUCCAGUUCUCCCUACUGUACAACUACAGGCUCGGAGCCCUGGAGGUCGGAGUGAAGCGCUGUAGAGACCUGGCGCCCAUCGACGUCAAGAGGAACCGGUCCGAUCCUUAUGUCAAGGUGUACUUGUUGCCCGACAAGUCGAAAGCUGGCAAGAGGAAGACGAAGGUGAAGAAGAACACGCUGAACCCCGUGUUCGAGGAGACGCUGAGCUUCUCGCAGCCGCUGGCCACGCUGUCCGCGCGGACACUGUGGCUCAGCGUGUGGCACGCGGACAUGUUCGGGCGGAACGACUUCCUCGGCGAGGUGGCGCUGCCGCUGGCCGACGUCGUGUUCGACGAGCCCGCGCCCAAGUGGUACAAGCUGCACGAGCGGACGGAGCAGUUCGACGAGCAGCAAGGUACGCGCGGGGACCUCAUCGUGGGGCUGAAGUUCGAGCCGGACGCGGGCGGCGCAGGCGCCAGGGGGAAGGGCACUCUGCACGUGCUCGUCAAGGAGGCCAAGAACCUCGUCGCCACGAGACCUAGUGGGCUCGCUGAUGUCUUCUGCAAGAGUUACCUGCUGCCGGAGCGCGGGCGGCUGGCGAAGCAGAAGACGGGCGUGGCGCGGCGCACGCUGAGCCCGCGCUGGGAGCACACGUUCGCGUACCGCGGCGUGACGCUGGCCGAGCUGGCGGCGCGCGCGCUCGAGCUCAGCCUGUGGGACCGCGACCGCCUCGCCUCCAACGACUUCAUGGGCGCCGUGCGGCUCUCGCUCGGCACCGGAACCUACAUGGGAGCUAGUGUGAACUGGAUGGACAGCGUGGGCAAAGAAGUAUCUCUGUGGCAAACGAUGAUGCAGCGACCUAACUUCUGGGUUGAGGGCUCUUUGCCUCUCAGGCCACAACUCAACCACAGUAAUUGAAAAUCUUCAAAGAAUAUCUCAGUGAAUAAUAACGCUUCAUUUUUGAUACCUACAUAAAUAACUUAUUUACUAGAUGACAAUGUCGCCAGUGUAAUUUACACUAAUUAUUUAUCAGUUUCCUAGAGAUUUCAAAAUGGCCGCUUUUUGCUGUUAGUAUUUUGCCGUCAAAAGUCUUGUAAUGGCGGCCGAAGGAAAUAUAAAGGAGCAGGAAAAUCUGACUGAAAUGAGAGAUAUGUUUUCUUUAUUUUUAGAAAUCUUGUAAUAAUUACAUUCUACAACGAAUAAAUUACAUUUGUAAUAGCUAUAUUUAUAUUUAAGGACUGUUAUUGUGUGCGUUUAUAGGACCAAUUUUAUUAAAGUUCUAAAUCUUAUAUGUCGAUAAAUACUCUUUAUUAUUGUCGUGUGUUUCAAAUACAUUAUGCGAUGUAGUACUUAAACGUGCCAAUCUAAUAACUUAGGCCAAAUUGUCAAACUGAAUUGUAUAAUUUUAUAUAUUCUCACUACAUUCCCGCAUUGUGAUGCAUAAGUUAAGAAUUAAGCUUUGUUUAGGGUAAACUGCCUAUAAUAAUAAGAAAAUAUUAUUUACGCAUUUAAUUUAGGGUGUUAAUGUACAAAUUUAAGUUAACAUGAGUCUUAAGAAUCCGCUCAUGACUAUUGUGAUUUAAUUAAUAUUAUUACAUUUGUAGUUAAUAAGUUCUAAAUCCCUCACCUAUGUGUGUGCGUGUAUAAGUGUGUGGAAAAGCGUGAUAGGUUUGUUAAAUACGUCGUCCAUAAAUGUAUAAUUAGCUACUAAUAGAAUAUUUUUUUAAAUAAAGCUACUUAAAACUAAAGUGUCCUUAUUUCCAUAUUUUUACAAAAAUAAUGUAAAUUAAUAUUUGAAUAAAUAUUUUUACUAUUA